AUGCGCGAAGUGAUCUCGAUUCACAUCGGCCAGGCCGGGAUCCAGACGGGGAACUCGUGCUGGGAGCUUUAUUGCCUCGAACACGGGAUCCAGCCCGAUGGCCAAAUGCCCAUGGAUGGUUCGGCGGGACAAGAGGAUGACUCGUUCAACACGUUUUUCUCCGAGACCGGGGCCGGGAAACACGUCCCGCGAUGCGUUUUCCUCGAUCUCGAACCGACGGUGAUCGAUGAGGUGCGCACGGGCGCGUACAGACAACUGUUUCACCCCGAGCAGUUGAUCAGCGGGAAGGAGGACGCGGCGAACAACUUCGCUCGCGGGCACUACACAAUCGGUAAGGAGAUCGUGGACGUGGCGCUCGAUCGUAUUCGUAAGUUGGCAGAUAACUGCACCGGUUUGCAAGGCUUUUUGGUGUUCAACGCCGUCGGUGGUGGCACCGGUUCGGGUUUGGGCUCCCUCUUGCUCGAGCGCUUGUCCGUGGAUUACGGUAAGAAGUCCAAGUUGGGUUUCACAAUCUACCCGUCGCCCGCGGUUUCCACUGCGGUCGUCGAGCCGUACAACUCUGUGUUGUCUACGCACGCGUUACUCGAGCACACCGACGUGGCGGUGAUGUUGGAUAACGAAGCCGUGUACGACAUCUGCCGCAGAUCGCUCGAUAUCGAGCGUCCGACGUACACCAACCUCAACCGCUUGCUCGCGCAAGUGAUCUCGAGCUUGACCGCGUCUCUGCGAUUCGACGGCGCCUUGAACGUCGACGUCACCGAGUUCCAAACCAACUUGGUGCCGUACCCAAGAAUCCACUUCAUGUUGUCCUCGUACGCUCCGGUGAUCUCCGCCGAGAAGGCGUACCACGAGCAGCUCUCCGUCGCUGAGGUCACCGCCAGUGCGUUCGAGCCAGCGUCCAUGAUGGCCAAGUGCGAUCCGCGACACGGCAAGUACAUGGCAUGCUGCCUCAUGUACCGUGGCGACGUCGUCCCGAAGGAUGUCAACGCCGCGGUGGCCAACAUCAAGACCAAGCGAACUAUUCAGUUUGUUGACUGGUCGCCGACCGGUUUCAAGUGCGGGAUCAACUACCAACCGCCGACAGUCGUCCCUGGUGGUGAUUUGGCCAAGGUACAGCGCGCUGUGUGCAUGAUUUCCAACUCGACCGCCAUCGCCGAGGUUUUCUCCAGACUUGACCACAAAUUCGAUUUGAUGUACGGCAAGAGAGCGUUCGUUCACUGGUACGUCGGUGAAGGCAUGGAGGAGGGUGAAUUCAGUGAAGCGCGUGAAGAUUUGGCCGCGCUUGAGAAGGACUACGAAGAGGUGGGCGCCAGCUCUGCCGCCGAGGGAUUUGAAGAUGAGUAUUAG